CUAGGAACUCCAACAGCGCAUUUGACGAGCGCCUCGCAACCGCACUCGCACAUUCGCAUCGUCCCGCGGGAACAGCUAGACAGCGACUCGUAUGAGGAUAGCACGCCUACUUUUCGUUCUUCGUCGCUGCAAUUGCCGCCAUUGCCGUUGAGAGACCGAGGAUCUCGUACAGGUAGCGCCCAUAGUGAAGUCUCGACGCCAAUCAAUACCACAUUCGCACAGAUGGCGCGCCGGAGCAACAAGAACGACAUGGAGGGUGUCGAGAAACCAACUUCCGGGCCCGUGCCGCUUUCAGGUUUCGUGUCAUUCAAGACACAUUCCGAUGGCAGUGACAACAUCAGCCCCACCGAUACCCGCCCGCCUGCCAUCGAGAACCACCUGCGUCUCUUCGAGCAGCUACCCGACAUUAUUCGUCUUCAAGAGCAGACUGGCGACUUCGACGGUCAGGUCGUCUUCAUUGGUCAUCCCAACCGCGAUGUCUCCGCUCACCAGUGGAUCUCCGACUCAUAUCAAUGGAUUAAUGUUGGUCUCUGGUCACACACGCGCAAGAGAAUAGAAGGUUCGCUUGCUUCUGAUCGUCUGGCAACGUCUGAGUUGUCGUUCAACUCGAUUGAAUAUUUCAAGUUCGCGGCCGAGCGCCGCGAAUCUAUGAUCAAGGAACAUGGUCGUCCACGAACAGAUCCAGAGGCAACCAAUACCGAACCUACUCCCACGGAGGCAAACACAGACCAAACUAGCGAAGCACCCGUCGGAAGCUUCGCCGCGACCUCUGCUCGGACCGUCACCGGAGAGAAACUGGAAGACCCAUUCAUCACUCCCGGCAAUAUCUUGCAGCCAGCCCCCAUGCUCGUAUUCAAUUUUCGAGAAGGCGGUCCAACGGUGGCGAACCCUUACCGCGGGAUAUCAACCUUGAACGCUGCUGCCGCACCAUACCGUAUGUUGCCCAAGAAACAAUCUUCUGGGGAGUCAGAUUCUUCAGUUCCAGCUUUCAAUAUUCCUGUAUCUGCCUCUGACCCAGCACUACGCUUCAGCGACCCCGAUGGACGGCAAGAGCACGUUCACCCAAUCGCGAACGGCUUUAACAAACAGGCACCCACUAGGCAGAACUGGAGUGGCCCAUUCUUCGCCGACUCUAUGCCAACUACGCACGAUCCCCUUGCUUCACUUUCUGCUCAAAUCAGCAUUGAGGAGAAGCUCAGGAACUGGUAUCGCGACGGCCAAAGCGUCAUUCGACAGCAAGAUUAUGCCAAAACUCUGGUGGCAGCGGCGUCUGCAAGCAACAAGAACCGUAGCUUUGCGGUUAUCGGCGACGGGUCCGCUCGGAAGCAGGAUCUCUCAAAGCACGCAAACACGCAUUUAUUCGCCCGCGUAUAUGAACACCUUUCUGAGUACGCAGAACAAUCCCGCACUGAUGGUGGACAAAGCUGUUUUACCCGA